AUGUCAAGCAAGGCGGAUAAAGAAGCGACAAAAAUAUCCACGCCGCGGCACGGUCGCCACCGUAGCAGCAGCACGAGCAAGGAGGUCUGCAGCGCACCGGCGGCAAAGAAGCGGCAGAGCGCAAUGGACCUGGGCUGGUGGCGCGACAGCGUGUCCUUUUACCUGUACGCGGACACGACCAUCAAGAAGUGGGACUCGUACGCGACGAGCCUGAUGACGAUGCCGGUCGGGCCGUCGCUCCUGCAGGACUCCAGCUUCACCUUCAUAGUGCCGACGCCCAACGGAGCCAUCCCGGCAAAGAUCGACAUGCCGGUCGACGAGCAGGCCGAGAGGUACUUCAUGGAGCACUACGUCACGGUGCCGUCGCGGCCGGGCGACAGGGGGAGCAACUCGUUCGUCCCCAAGUUCCUCAAGCUGCCCGACGACGAGCAGAUGCACUGCUUCAGGAGCGCCUUCAGGGCCGCCAGCCUCGCGGCGCUGGCGACCAGGCCGUCGGCCAGGAGCCUGCGGGCGCGCGCGCAGUCGGAAUACGUCAAGGCCAUCCGCGCGGUGGGGGAGGCGGUCCAGGGCCUCUCCAAGGGCGUCGGGAGUAGCACGCAGACGCUGGGGUCCAUCUUGCUGUUGACUUUGUACGAGGCAGGUAUUCACUGGAGGGUGGGAAGUCAACAUCUGGGCGCCUUCGAGGCUCACGUCAAGGGUGCAGUGCAGCUGAUUUUACUGCUUGGCAUGGACGAGUUGCAGUCUCAGGACAGUAAAGAGAUGGUUAUUAUGGCACGAGGGCGUAUGCUCAUGCUCAAAACUCUCCCCGGCUACGAAACGGCCCACACAAGCUCCCUCGCCAACUCUCUCAUGUCAGUCUCGUACCGUGAUUCCUUGGGUCGGUUGGGGGUAUGGCUGGCCUCGCUGUGCUGGCGUCGCGACGAGAUCGUCAACAUCAUCAAGGCGGGCCGCAGGGAGCCAGAAGUCAUGACAAAGCUCAGGCGCCUCAGGGACGAGACGAUCCAGCUGGGGCUCAAGUUCUACGAUGCGGCGCAGGACAUCGAGGACGGCUGCACGCUCGACCAGGUCUUUGCCAAGUACGGGCCGCUGCUGCAGGACCUGACGCAACAGACCGAGGCGCCCGACAAGACCGAGUCCCCACCCGGACCGGGCAGCGGGUUCAACAGCCCCGGGGACGACGCGGCAUCGACGCCGAGCGAGGCGGCCUCGGACGGCUCGACCAUCGAGGUGGAGCGCGACUUCCCGCCCAAGCACAUGAGCUUUCGCGACCACCGCGAGGCGUCCUUCUACCUGUCCAGCAUGGUGGCGGCGCUCGUCAUCCAAAACACCGUCAUCCGCUGCACCGCCUGGCUGCACCUGGACGACGAGGAGUCCGACCCGGGCGCCCACGAGCGGACGCCCGAGUACGUCGAGGCCGCCCUGCUCGCCUCUAGAUCCGUGCGCGGCAUCGUGAACACGGUAAACUUCUACAAGCUCUCGCUGCUCAAGGACGACAUGAACGACCUGGGCCGCGGCGUCGUCGCGCCCUACGCAAGCGUCAUCGCCAUGCUGAGCACCUUUUACAGCGCCCUGGUGUCGCAGUUCGCCACCGAGGCUCAGAGGAGGUACUUGAGGCAGGAGCUGGAGGUCAUGGCGAAUGAGGGUGGCAUUGCGCAGAUCUCGGCGUAUUUAGGGAACCAAACAAUCGUCGUCCCCAAGGACGACAUUAUACGUGAUAGGGAGCGGUUUCGAUCCCUGCUGAGAACUUCGAAUUCCUCUACCGAUAGCAUCAUGCAAGGUCACUGA